AAAAGAUGGAAAAGCACGAACAAAGAUGAAAGAAACAACCAAGGGUGAUGAUUACAUCAUAUAAAAUAGCAAAAAAUGAACUCAUUUGGUGAUUGAACUUGAAGAAGUAGGAAACACUUUUCAAAAACAAAAUUCAAAUUGUAUUUAAAUACUUAUCAUUUCCCUCUCCAUACUCCAACCACUCCAAUAUUUUUUAAAAUAUAUAUAUAUAUACAAAAUUAAAAAUAACUAAUAAAAAAACACCGACAAAAAACUAAAAACUCUCGAACUAAACAAAGUUACAACAAACAACCGCACCAGCAAAAUCGAAAUCUAAGUCUAAAUCGAAAUCGAAAUCGAAAUCUAAAAACUGUAACAAAGUUAAAGAGUUACAAUGAAAAAGAACCAGUUUCCUCAUUACAUGGAUCACAAAUGGUUUCUUCUUCUUCUUCUGCUCAUUGUCUCUGCACUCUUUCUCCUCAUUCUCCUCACUUCCACCCUUAACCAGCCCCAACCCACCUACUCCGACCACCACCAAAACCAAGACCGCCGCUUCUAUAUUGGUCUGGAGGUCUUUCCCAAGCUGCCCAGAUUCGCUUACUUGAUAUCCGGUACCAAAGGAGACGGUUCACGAGUCAGGAGGAUUCUUCAAGCCGUGUUUCACCCCAGAAAUUACUAUGUCAUACAUCUCGAUUCGGAGGCUUCCGACGACGAGAGAGUUGAGCUCACCAACUAUGUCAAAUCGGUGGGUGUGAGCAAUGUCAUGGUUGUGGCCAAUCCCAAUUUGGUCACCCCCAAAGGCCCCACCAUGAUUGCUUCUACACUCCACGCCGUUGCCAUUUUGCUACAGCGGACUGCCCACCAUUGGGAUUGGUUUAUCAAUCUCAGUGCUUCUGAUUAUCCUCUCUACUCACAAGAUGAUCUGUUGCAUAUUUUCUCAUACUUGCCGAGGGACUUGAACUUUUUGGAGCACACCAGUAAUAUUGGCUGGAAAGAGAACCAGAGGGCAAGACCUAUAAUUAUAGAUUCAGGUUUGUACCACUCCAAUAAAUCUGGUAUCUUUUGGGCUAAAGAGAGGAGGUCUAUGCCUGCUUCUUUCAAGUUAUACAUGGGAUCUUCAUGGGUGAUGCUAACAAGACCAUUCCUUGAAUUCUGUGUUUGGGGAUGGGAUAACCUUCCCCGGACUCUACUUAUGUACUACACGAACUUUCUGUCCUCAACCGAGGGGUACUUCCACACAGUGGUCUGCAACAACAAGGAUUUUCAGAACACAACUGUGAACCAUGACUUGCAUUAUACAAGGUGGGACAAUCCUCCAAAGCAACAUCCGAUGUCUCUGACGGUGGAGCAUUUCAAUGACAUGGUCGAAAGUGGUGCACCUUUUGCUCGAACGUUCGCCCAGGAUGAUCCAGUUCUCGACAAAAUAGACAAGGAGCUUUUGAGGAGAUCGAGUAACCAGUUUACUCCUGGUGGUUGGUGCUUGGGGAAAUCUGGUUCUUAUAAAGAUCCUUGUUUAGUUCAUGGCAGGGAGAACCCAAAUGUUGUUAAACCAACUCUAAAUUCAAAGAGGCUAGAGAAACUCUUACUCAAACUUCUUCACCCUGAAAAUUUCAGGCUUAAGCAAUGUAAAUGAUUUUUUUUUCUUUUUCACAUCAAUUUAAUUUAUUCAUUUUGUAAAAUUUUCAUCCCACAAUGUGGGUUAUAAACUUGUAAUCAUAGAAUUGAAUGUACUCCAAUUAGUCAAUUUUUUUAGUUUCAUAUAUUUAAUGGACAAAUACAAAGAUAAAUGCACAUGUAAUAGUUUGGACUUUGAA